CCCGCUCGGCGGCCGAGGCGGCAGCGCCGGGGGUGCCGGUCUGGGCAGAGGUGUCUCCUUCUCCGCCUCAGCUCCGCUAUCCCCCGGGCACGAUGCAGUUUAUGUUGCUUUUUAGUCGCCAGGGGAAACUGAGACUCCAGAAGUGGUAUGUCCCAUUAUCUGACAAAGAAAAGAAGAAAAUCACAAGGGAACUUGUUCAAACAGUAUUAGCCCGCAAACCGAAAAUGUGCAGCUUCCUGGAAUGGAGAGACCUGAAGAUUGUCUACAAAAGAUAUGCAAGUCUCUAUUUCUGCUGUGCUAUUGAAGAUCAGGACAAUGAACUAAUAACUCUGGAAAUAAUUCAUCGUUAUGUAGAACUUCUUGACAAGUAUUUUGGCAGUGUCUGUGAACUUGAUAUCAUCUUCAAUUUUGAAAAAGCCUAUUUCAUUCUGGAUGAGUUCCUUUUAGGAGGGGAAGUUCAGGAGACAUCCAAGAAAAAUGUUCUUAAAGCCAUCGAACAAGCAGAUCUUUUACAGGAGGAAGCAGAGACCCCACGUAGUGUACUUGAAGAAAUUGGAUUGACAUAAAUCUUCUCUUCAGCUGAUGCCAUCUCAGUGUUUCAUACUGUAAAUGUUCACUGCCUUCAUUGUAAUGUUUAGCUAAUGGUGUAAGAUGCUGUUUGUCAGUAUUACUGUUUUGCUAAGCUGCUUCAUUCAGGCCGACAAGAAAAAUAGUUUGUUUUUUGUUUUGUUUUGGGUUUUUUUUGAAAAGGGAAGAAGAAACCUAAGUUCAAAAUUUAUAAAUGAAAGGGGAUUAAAUUGACUCAGUAUUUCCUUUCACUACAUUUAUAGGAAAAUUGCAUUUGACUUCGAUAAGUACUGUUUUUUAUAAGCAAACUUGACUUCAGGAAAUAAAUGUAUUAUUUUGACAUAAGCAUAGCCUACCUAAAUGAAAAGAAACUACACAGACAACUCCAAAUAUGAAAUGUUAUGGCGUAGAGAAAUUGUGUUUAUGCAACCAAAGAAUUUGUUCAUCUACAUUUUAGUCACCACUUGUGAUUAUUCUGCUUAUUUCAGUUGUUGCAUAAAGAUUGGAGAUACCUGUUUACUACUGAAUUUGUCAUUAUACCAAAGAAUCCUGCCAGGAUCUGCAUAUCAAACUGGUAAAAAAGUGUUAAGGUGAUAACUGCUUUUUUAAAAAAAAAAUGAUCAACUCACUAGACAUGAAGGUGUAUUUUAGUGUAACUACCUUAAGCAACACUGUGCAAGUUACUAUACUCCAAAGGGAAUGCAUGUGGGAGAAAAGGAAACCAGCCCAGACUGAAUAAGGGAACUGUUUUUUGGUCUGAUAUUAGCUUGCUUUGACCAUGAACACAAGAAAGGAGGACAGCUUUCUAACUGAAUAGAGAUGCAUAAUGAAAACUGAAUACUUUAAAAGAUGGGAAAGAAGCUUUACAGAAGGGACCUCUUAUUAUUUUCUUUUGAAGUCUGGCAAUUAAUUUGUAUUUAUUGGUGUUCUACGGUCAUGCUUUAUUGGGUGUAUAGGUACCUUUAGGACACACCAAGUGUCAAAGUCAUUUAACUGCUUUUCUUAACAUGUUGAGCAUGUGACACAUCCCGUACAAUACUCCUGCUUGAUGUACAGUUGAACCAACUAAUUUGCAGUGAGAGCUCUUAAACAUUAGAUUUGUAUAGUAUAUUCACUACACAUCAUGUAAACUGCUAUCCAGUAAUAUUUUGACACUUUGAGAAGACUCUCGGUAAUUAUGAACUGAGCCUGUUUCACUUGUGGAAAUUGAUCCAUGUGUGGUUUUGAGGCAACAGUGGGAGUCUACACCUGGGAAGUAGCUGAGUUCUGUUGCCUGUCCCCAUAGAGGGGGGUUGUCCUCUCCCUCCCCACCCAGACACCUUUCCCUAGGAAUUUUGGUUUGUUCACCUGAGUAGUGCCAUGUGUUCACAAAGCUUAGCUCGGCAGUGCUGCUGCUAGCAGCACUUCCGUGGCCAGCUGGAGAGUGGGCUCAGUAGUACCCAGCCACAGGAAAAGUGUGGCGUUGCCACUUCUAAGGCCCCUGAUCCAGACCCCAACAUCAAUACUUGAGGCAGUAGGGCAGCCAGCCAGGGCUGGGCUGUGUGUGCCACUCCUGUAGCAGUAUCAGGGUGGUGUCUAUGAACUCAAAACAUUAGAACUUGUCCACAGAUGCCCAUUCCAGGAUAUACACACAGAUUCCAAAUGACUGGAGACUUUUUGUCCCAGGGCAUUUCCCCAGCGCACAGUGGGCAGGGAUAGAUGAGGGCAGAAGGGUAGCAGAAGGACCCCGUGUGUGAGAUUGAAGUGGUAAAAUGGAUUUAAGUCAAACCAGAAGCAAUUUUAUAUGUAUUAAACAUGUUUUUAAAGUUUUACACUGUCACUUGUAUGUGCUUGGCUAGAUUAAGCUUCGUUGUGAUUGUGACAAACUGUUUGACCUCUGUCUGUCACAUUGGUUUAGUUGUAAUAAAUGUCCAUUUUUACACCAUUGCUGUGUUUAUAUGUAAUUAGUGCCAGUAUUCACAGAGGAAAGAAGAGGCCACUCAGUGCUGGCUUAAAAAAAGGGUGAAAUUUUAUUACAGUGCUUAACCUGUUCUUGAGCACUUCAUUAAAAAAUGUUGAGGAUACUGUGUCCGAGUUUAGUUAUUUACAUCCAUUGAAAUUGUAGUGAAAGCAAUAAAUCAGCAAGGUUUUGGAAAACUUGCCACAUUAAACAUUAAAUCUAUUUAAGUGGAUGUUAAAUUGAUGGGGUAGUACCACUUCAUUUCAAAAUUAAACCACAUGUUGAGAGAGAUUUCUGGAUAACACAGACUGAAUAUUCACUUGUUUUCAUAGAAUUCUAAGCAAGUCAAUGCAAUGUUUGCGAUCCUGAUCUCAACUCAAAGCAUGUCAGAUGAAUCUGUUCACCUUUCUGGAAGAACCGAACAGCUUGAUGUUAUCAGCAAAAGCAUGAGGAAAAAUUAACAUAUGUGGACAUUGCUGAAAUUAAAUUCUGGUUUUUGGAUUUCUUAUCUUGUGAAGGGUUGGAGGGAGCUCAAGAGUAAGUAGCAAUUUCUGGAUUGUUCAGGGAAGUUGAUUGUUGUCUUGAGUGUCUUCAACUUCACUGACUUAAGUCUUUAACUCAAAGAAGCCCUCCUAAACAUUGGCCUUGCCCCCUCUUGGGGUAAGGCCACAGUGAUGGUCACCCUGUGGCUGCCUCUGUCAAGUUCCCACGUACCACGGGUUAGGCUUGUCCAGCUUGCUUUGCAGUCUGUCCCAUGGCUCAGCAAAGUGUUACCUGUCCACGUCACAUCAGUUUUGGUUUUCAGCCACAGAUAAUCAAUUCACCUGAUACAUCAGUGCUGAGCAGGAGUGUAUGUGGAAUAAUUGGGGUUUAUUUUAAGCUUACAGUGAUAGUAAAAAAUGCUGCACUCUUUGAAUGAUACGAGAAAGUAAAUUAAGCUUUGAGGUUAUUAACUAUCAUGAACUUCUAUCUUUCAUGCUUUGUAAGAAGUGCUGAUCCAAGACAGGAAGCAGUAGCAUUUUCUAGCAGGCUCUUGCAUGUCUUUAGAAACAAACCAAGUUAUUUAGCACACAGGAAUGUCACUGGUAAACUGGAGGGCAGUUUCUGAUACGCUGAACGUGCUAAUGCAAAACUGGAUGCAAAGCAGCCAUGCUGCCAUCAUAGGGCAUAAAAGUGAGAGAGGAGUCACUUGGGAUGCAUUUUGGACAGUGUGUCUUGUACACAAGCGCUGGGGCCAGAGGGAAGGCCUUGUUGAGUGUCCAUAAGAAAUGCCUUGCAUUCAACACACAGACUCGUGCACCCCUCCUCAACCUGAUGGGGGUUUGCUGCUCUGGACAGGCAGACAGGGAAUGAAAUCCCACAGAAGUGACCACCAGCUACAGUUGGAGGGAAGGCACUCUGCUGCAAGGGAGCAAGCCCAGUUCCCUGAUGCCUUAAUUCUGCUGGGCAGCAGCAGUGCCUGUGCCUACAGGGGUUCCCACUGCAGUGCCCCUGUUCUCCUUGUGCUGCUGAACAAGGCAGCACUGCUGCCUGGCUGGGCUGUUCCACUGAAGGGCAGGAGCAGCACCUCCUACCCAUCCUGACUCAAGAAGCUCAUCUGGCAGGCCCUGGCAUUGAACCUCUGUGUAAAUGCCAGAACUACUCCAAAGCACCUCCGUGAUCCCUGCUGAAUUCACAGCUGAAAAAAGUAUUUUGAAAGCUGCUGCUUUUAAGUAGUCAUUAAAGACAAAACAAAUCUUGGCCCAUAUUAAUUCACUUUAUAAGGUCCUUUUCUGUGGAAUAUGCAGGAUAACAGGCAGUGGAAAUAGGCUGUUCCUUACAAAUUUAAAUCCUUUCUGUGUUCUUCUGGGGCUUUUUCCCUUUGUUAAAGAAAAUAAUUAAGCUUAACAUUAAAUAAACUUCUAGUUUUUUUGUCUCUCCAGAAUAAAAUAGGUCACUCAGACAAUAAUAAGGAAACACAAAACCAUGCAUAUAACACUACUUAAGGUUAUGAAGCAUAGAAACAAUACUGAAAAAUACGAACUCCAAAGUUAGAAAACUGGUGGAAUCCCAGGUUUCAUGCUAACAAAUGCAAGCUAAAUGUCAGAUCUACAGAUCUCAGAUUCUGUGUAACAAACAGAUGGUGUGUGAAAGUGAAGGGCAAUCACAGCUACCAGUCUUACACUGCACAGGUACAGCCAGCAGAUCUGGGUCCAGACCUCAAGAAAAACAAGCCGAAGUUUCAGCCAUUGUAGUAGCAGAAAUAAAGUAUAUUUAAAUUUUUACAUGUAUCUCUGAGCAAGUUUGGUUUUUCGGGGUUUUUUUGUUUUUUUGUUUGUUUUUGUUUGUUUUUUUUAAAUACAGCCACUCAAGUUUCCCAAAUCCUGUUACAAAACUGUGGUGACAAGAAGCCUAAUCACCCAUGGAAUUUUCACAUGGUUGUUAGCGGGCACUUAGUUUCUAAUCCCAUGGAAGGCUGGUUUGCUUUGAUCACCUGACGGGUCACAGGUUCCCACCACCCACUCCACCACUUUUGCUUGAGCUGGACAGGUGAUUUUGCUGGGAUAAUGCUCUGUGACAUCUGGCUGCAUGGCACGGGGUGCACAGUGUCUGCACAGGGACAAGCCAGCUCUCCCAGAGCUGUGGGAAGCAGGGCAGUCCAGAGAAUGGAAGAUGGAACCUGCCUGCUGGUGACCAACUCAACCAGAGUUUGCCACAUGUGGUGCAAGUGACCCAGUGAGACAACUGAGCAUCUAAAAAAAAAAAAAAUAAGAAACCUCAGGGAAAAUUUGUCUCUAAGGUGUGGUGAGAAAAAGGCGUAAGAAACUGGCAGUAACAAAUUUCUCAAACGGAAUUAAAAACUUAGUGCUAUCCUUAGAAAUAUGCCUUUAAAAAAGGUUAUUAUUUCAAAAGUUAUGCUAAUUAAUUACAAUUCCUACAUCUGUUAAUAACUAAAACAUUUAAUCAAAUUAACUAAGCUACAGCUCUGCCUACAGUUAUGACAAUAUAUAGUGAAAUUUGGGUUUGAACUGAACAUCACUUUUGUUGUAUUACUCCAUAUCGGACAAUUUACACAUGAUGAAAGAAGGAAAAAUGUAUAAUCAGCAUGCUAGGUGCACUAUGCAUUUAGGAAAGCAAAAAAAAAAAAAAAAUCAUAUCCAGAAGCAAUGUUCAUGUUCACUUGAUCUUAGCUAACAUGGGGAAAAAUGUUCUUGCUGUGAGGAAUAGUGUUGGUAAAGUUCAUAUACCUAGAUUUUCUAAGGGAGUUUUAUGUUACAUUGCUGGGAGUUGUAAUGAAAUCCUAUUUGGGAGCAUUUCAUGCCUGCUUUAGGGUUCCAACUCAUGGGGUCUGAUCGGUUCUCUGAAGGCAGGAGCCCAGUUCUUUGGAGAGGCUAAAGACAGGGAGGUAUCUCUACAGACUGUUAGGGCACCUUUCGUGCCAUGAGCUUCUAAGUGUCUGAGGACACUGAAAAAAAACCCCAAAAACUGAAAAUAAGCCAUGUCAAAAUACAGCAUAUCUAAGAGCACAAAUCUUUUAAAUAAAGGUGAAAAAAUAUCAGUAAGGAUUUAUCUAACUGCAGGUACUUUGCUAAUGUAGCUGUCAUUUCAAGAAGGUUUUGUCCCAAUAAUUUUAUUUUUAUGUACCCUAGUCUUCACCUUGGCCACAGGAAAGCAAGGCAGUAGGGUGGCUUAAACUAUUUGUAAAAUAAACCUAAACAGGCUCUAAGUCAAGUCCUCCUCUCCCAACACCAUGAAGUAUUCUUUCAUGUAUAAACCCUUCAGUCUCUUCAGCCACUCUGCAGCCAUCUUGACUGAGCCUUCACAAUUGUCUUUGGUUCCCAGAUGGACACUUUCCACCCCUCCAGCACAAGUUAGGCAUGUUGUUUUCACCUACAAAGGGUGUGCAUCCAAGAGGUAUGCGAAGUAUUUCUAGCCUCACUCGAGGAUUACAGUUGCAUGGUCGCUAUUCUUACUUGGGGACUAAGGUACUGAAUAGACUGAUUGUUUCUCUGUGUACUUGCUACAAGGUUUUAGUCUACUGCAAUCCCUACAAUCAAUCAACUCAGCAGCUCAGUCAGGGCAGAGAAAAAUCCAACACUCAUGACUGAAAAGCUCCUACUGGGCAAGUACUGUAUAAUUAAACAGUGAUGUCUUUGAGAUCCCUUUUCUCCAACUCAUAAAACGAUUAUAUUUUCUUUGUCUAGAAAACAAUUUCCGAUAAAGAGAUGAAAAAUACAAA